CAGCUGCCCAGUUGUAUUUUGUGUUUUGCACGUAACUCACAGUUCUUAGAACCGAUUUUAGUGAUAGCACACGUUUAUACAGUAGUAGAAUUACACAAAUAUCGGAAAAAUGCCCAACUUUAAUGGGGCUAUUAUAGUGCACACACUUCAGUUUCUGAAAGCACCGGCGACACUGCGAGAAAUACUGGUGACCAUAGCCAAAAACACGGAAUUAACGCAAGAUGAGCUAAAAGAGCCUGUGAAACAAACCCUCGAAAUGGGCCAUCGUUUGGGAUUCCUGCAGAAACUCGACGGUCGCUACUUUUUGAUGAACAUGACCUUCGAGACAUUGAUGUCUGAGAUGGAGGCCCUUGACAAAGAAGAAUCUCCGGAGAAGUCACUUAAAAAGAAGAAGAAAUUAAUACCCAAGACUCCAUUAUCGUCGGUAGCUGGGAAAAAAAUUACUAAGAAGCCAAGUCAAGUCAAGACAACGGAACAGUUGGAAAAGCCUAAACCAACUGAAAAGGGACGACUGCCGGACAUUCCUAGUUCAUCCACAAACUUAAGAAAAACGCCAUCCAAGCUGACUAAGCGAACAGUUUUGAAGUAACCAAUGCAUAAGAAUAUUAGAACUGGUAAAAAAAAAAACCAAUACUAUAUUUGUUACAGGAUAAAUUCCUUGUCCAUUAUGUUAUAUUUGGCCCAAAAUAGGAAAAGGUAUUAAAAUCUUGUAAAAAUUC